AUUUAAUUGAUUGAGGACAACAGACUUCAUCUGUCUGUUGCAAAGACUUGAAUCGUUGGUACUUAAUUUGAUCCGUACCCACCGGAUCUGUGCAUAUCCUCAGUAGAAAUGCAAUCUCUAUCCUACGCUAUCCCAGCUGCUGCUGCUGGAUUGGCCUAUCUCAAUGCGCGCCAUGCACUGAGAUAUGACUGGAACAUCAUCUCUAAUUUGACUGCUAUGAAUAUAGCUGGGUUUUUUCAUGAACGUCGGGGCAAUCUCAAUCUCUUCUAUGUGCUCGAGAAGCAUGCACAAUCCAGUCGAGGAAACCAUCCUUGGCUGAUCUUCAACGGACGCAGUUGGACAUAUAGGGAGGGAUAUGAUGUUGUCCUCAAAUAUGGAACUUGGUUCAAGAGCAAGGGUGUACAAAGUGAGGAAAUCGUCGCUAUGGAUUUUGUCAAUUCGGAUACGUUCAUAUGGGUUUGGUUCGGCCUCUGGAGCAUUGGCGCUAAACCGGCAUUUAUCAACUACAAUCUUACCGAAGCACCACUCAUCCAUACCAUCAAAACAUCGAAUGCGAGACUCGUCCUGGUAGAUGAGAACGGACGGGGCAAAUUCUCACGGGAGAUAUUGGAAGCCCACGGCUUUAAAUCCCGGCCAGCCGAAGUGUCCGAUCUCCAUGGCAGUCCGGCCAAGUACUCUUAUCAGCCCGAGGGUUCCCAAGAACGCGAGAUCGAAAUCAUAUCAUUCGACAAGAAUCUGGGUGACCACAUUCUUUCUCUUGAACCUAUCCGGCAACCGGACUCCGAGCGUGGAGACCAGAAAAGAAAGAACAUGGCCAUGUUGAUCUACACAUCUGGAACCACCGGGCUGCCCAAACCGGCUGUCAUGGCGUGGGGCAAGGCAAACCUCGGUGCAAGAUUCGUUGCAGGCUUCAUUCCCCUGAAGAAAACGGACAUCAUGUACACUUCCAUGCCUCUGUAUCAUUCAUCUGCGGCCGUGCUUUGCGUAUGUGCGUCAUUGCAAGCAGGCAGCACCGUAGCACUUGGUACGAAGUUCAGUCAUAAGAAGUUCUGGCCAGAAGUCCGCGAUUCCAAGGCGACAAUCAUCCAGUAUGUUGGCGAAACCUUGCGCUACCUGCUCUCUGCGCCAAAGAGUAUCCACGACAAGGAUCAUAACGUGCGCCUCGCAUUCGGCAAUGGUCUGCGCCCAGAUGUCUGGGAGCCAUUCAAGGAGAGGUUCGGAGUCGAAACGGUCUUGGAGAUUUACGCUGCUACCGAAAGCCCAAGCGGAUUUUGGAAUAAAUCUUCGAAUACGUUUAGCUCUGGUGCUAUAGGGCGCAAUGGAACGGUUGCUGCUCUACUCAUGGGGGCAAGCCUUGCGCUUGUAAGGAUGGAUCCGAAUGCAGAGACUCCAGAGCCCUUGCGAGACCCAGACACGGGCCUUUGUCAACUUGCAGAUAAUGACGAGCCCGGCGAACUGAUGUACAAGCUGGACCCAGCUGACAUUUCUCAAAAGUUCCAAGGUUACUACGGCAAUGAUAAAGCGACAAACUCGAAGAUUGCGAGAGACAUUAGAGUGAAGGGAGAUGCGUACUUCCGGACCGGUGACCUGCUCAGACGGGAUGCGGAGAACAGGUGGUGGUGGGUCGACCGUUUGGGGGACACUUUCCGCUGGAAGUCAGAGAACGUUAGUACCGCUGAGGUUGCUGGCAUCGUGGGUACUCACGGUGCAAUUGACGAAGCGAAUGUAUACGGAGUCCUGGUACCGCGACAUGACGGACGCGCAGGCUGCGCGGCUGUUGUGAUCAAAGAUGGCAUCCCCAGCCCUGAUACUAUGCGAAGCCUUGCAGAGCAUGUGAAAAAGUCACUGCCUUCUUUCGCGGUGCCGCUAUUCAUUAGAGUCACUAAGGCGAUGCAUACAACCGGAACUAACAAGCAACAGAAACAUCUCCUCCAAAAGGAUGGUAUUGAUGUGGAUGCUAUUGCUGGAACUGGUGAUUCCCUGUACUGGUUGAGAGAUGGAUCGUAUGUGCCGUUCACGCCAAACGACCUCGAGAGCAUUCAAGGAGGUGGGGUCAAGUUGUGAUCUGGCAAAUUCUCCAUGUGUAUAGUUUCUUGCAUGAUAGCGUGUUAUCCAAUCGU